ACAUGCGAAACCAACUACUGCUGAAUAUGUCGGUUGUUGAACACGGUAAUUCCAUACUGAGUGUAAUGUAAUGACUAAGUAAGGACGAUCAGUCCAUUGCUGGUCAUCUAACACUAAGUUGUUAGUUCUACGUUGCUUUAUGUUGACAAAAUCUAAACAUUUAAAAUAAAAAAUAUAUUUAAGUUAUUAAUACAAACACAAUUAUAAAUUUUUAAAUAAUAAACGAUAAUGAGUUACAAUGCACAAGGAAAUCGUCUUACCACAGGCAAAGCCGAAAUUCACCCUUGGCAAUCGCCAUGUUGCUACCGUCAAGUUGUAGUCCUGCCUUUGAAACAACCAAAACAUUACGGAGGCUAUCCGACUACACAAAACACUGGUCGCAGUCCAAUACCAGCAAGUCGCAGUCCAUAUAAUAGUAGAUCAGCUUUUGGACAAGAUCAAAUAUCGCAUGUGCGUAAUCGCAGAGACCUCAAUCCUAAUGAUAGUCAGGAUAUGGAAAUGAGGAACAAUCCUACACCAAAUUCUGAAUCAAAUUCCAAUAACUCUAACCCGCAAAAUAAUCAGCCAACUGCUCCACUACCUUCUGCUGAAGAUCAAUUGUUAGACAAACCUAAACCUCCAAAAGAAAACAGAAACAUAAUGGACGAAAUGUUUGUUGAAGAUACCGAUGAAGAUACACCAAAAGCAUUUAAUUUAUACCGAAAUAAAAAACUUUUAUCUCAAGGCAUGAUGGACAUAGCUCUAUUUUCAGCCAAUGCUAAUCAGUUACGAUUUUUGAUUGAGGUUGAUGGUAACAUAUUAAACUACAUUUGCAUUUUACUUCUCAUUGCAAGUAUUCUUCUUCAAGUUCUCGUUGGUAUAGCACUUUUGUUGAGUGUUAGAUAUAAUGUAACAAAUUGUGAGCAGCGUAAAAUGGCAUUCAGAUAUGGCAAUUAUGUUAUUGUAGGCAUAUUUUUAAUAACAGCUCUGAACGUUUUUAUUACUGCUUUUGGUGGACCAUCAACUAGAGUAGUUUCAGAAACUUCUAUAAUGGGCAGAAUGCAAUUUGAUGGAUCUGACAAUAAUUCCACAGAUACACCAAGCAUGACCGAUACUUAGUUCAUAACACCAUACUUAGUUAUUAUUUUAUUUAUGAGCAAAAAUAUAACUUGAGUAACACUUAUUAUUUUUUUGAAAUGUAAAUUAAAAUUAUUAUAAGUCAGAAAUAUAUUGACAAAAAUAAUAAAAUUGUUACUCUUAAAGUAAAAUUCAUUAUUAAAAAAAAAUCUAAUAAGACUGUUGAAUAUUUAGGUGUAUAGUACAAUUUUAUACUUAACUUUUUGUUUUAUAUUAAUUUUUUAUUCUUGAUACAAAUUCAUAAAAUAACUAACAAUAUUUAAAUAUAUAAUAAAUGUUUUUUAAUUCUUAUAAU